GAAGCCUCAAGAGUCAAGUGCUGUGGUCCUGGAGAACCUUCCAGAUGAUGUUAAACAAGAUGUUUUGACUCUUUUGGUGGAGAACAUCAGCAGUCUUCCUGAGAAUGACUUUAGCAUGGAAUUAAUACCAGGAUUAAGAAAAGCAGUUGUGACCUUUAAAAAUCCCAGUGCUGCAGAAAAGUUCCUUGAGGACAGCAGGACACAUGAAAAGUUUAAGAAGAAUAAUCUGAGUGCCCAUGCACUGGAGAGAAGCACAUGUGUGCGGGUGGAGGAUCUUCCAGCUGAGGCCAACAAUGAUGAGAUGCUGCUGGAACUGCAUUAUGAGAAAUGGAGUGGUCAAGUGGAGGAAGUUAUUACAGUUCCAGCAGCCAUUGUCACCUUUAAAGAGGAAGAAGGCCAAGACGAUGUGAUCACCCAGAAGCAGGCAUGUGGAUUACAGGAACUAAAAGAUAAAAGUGAUAUGGAUGAGAAGAAACCUCAAGGGUCGAGUGCUGUGGUCCUGGAGAACCUUCCAGAUGAUGCUAAACAAGAUGUUUUGACUCUUUUGGUGGAGAACAUCAGCGAACUUCCUGAAAAUGACUUUAGCGUGGAAUUAAUACCAGAAUUAAGAAAAGCAGUUGUGACCUUUAAAAAUCCCAGUGCUGCAGAAAAGUUCCUUGAGGACACCAGGAUACAUGAAAAAUUUAAGCAGUAUAAUCUGAAGGCCUCUGCACUGGAAAGAAGCACAUGUGUGCGGGUGGAGAAUCUUCCAGCUGAGGCCACCAACAACAAGAUGCUCCUGGAACUGUAUUUUGAGAAAUGGGGCGGUCCAGUAGAGGAAGUUAUUACAAUUCCACCAGAACAAGCAGCCAUGGUUAUCUUUAAGGAGGAAGAAGCCAAAGAGAGAGUUUUGAAGCGAGCAAAUAACAUCUGUGAUGUUCUAGUCAAGAUAUAUCCCUACUUUAAAUCACUGGAUACUGUCUUAUAUGGUGGCAACAGGCCACAUUUGAAUCUGCCUGAACCCGUUACAGUCAGUGUACAUCCUGCCAUCAGGGAGUUCAUCCUCAAGAAAGGGCAGAUUUCCUCUAUUAAAGACCAAAUGAGCUCACACUUCUGCCAAAUAAACAUGGACAAACCUGAUGUUUUGCUCAGUCCUGAUCCAGCAUUACUGAAACAGAAAGGAGUUACCAGAAGACACAUUGAUGGGUGGAGUAAGAAUGCCAUUGAAGCCUUCAAGAAAAUCAUUUCAAACUACACAACAUCUGAGUGGCCGGUGUCACAUCCCUUGUGGUCUAAAUUGGAGAGUGAUGUUAAAGAAGUGGUCAAAGAUAAGGUUUUUAUAGACUUGGAUGCCUCUAAAGGGGUGCUGACACUGACAGGAAUGACCCAUGAGAUAAUUGGACUGAAACCCAUCAUAGAUAAGUUUCUAGAGAGAGGAACAAAUCAAAUGGAGAGAGAGAAGAACAGUGUGACUGAGUACAUGGAAAUUUCUCCUGCCAUAUACUCUCUGCUUGAACAAGAUGGCAUGAAAAGUGCUGUUUCUCCACACCUGCGCAUUGACUACAACAAAAAAAUAAACAGACUAAUUUUAUCAGGCCCUCAUACAGAAAAUAUUGCUUUCAAAAGCUGGGUCCUCGAGAAAAAAAAACAAAUGAAACAGAAGCACUUAGAGAUUGACUAUUCAGUCCUGGAGUACUUGAGAUCAGUGGAUUCUGAUGAAAUGUCCAGAGAUCUCUUUAUAUCUAAUGGAAUAAAUGCUGUCUACACAAUUGAAAAUGGAGAUGUUUUUGUGAUUGGGAGCACAGAAAGAGCACUUGCUGAGGCAGAGAAGAGGAUGAAUAUGGUUCUUGCAUUCAGAGUCCUCAUUGUAGAAGAUCAUGGUGUCCUUCAAAUGCCAGAGUGGCAGGAUCUGAAAAAACAACUGGAAAAUUUGUUCAGUACUCCCCCAAAGAUGUCUGUGUUUGUAAACAUAUCUAAACAGAAAGACAAAGUAACAGUGACUGGAUUCAGAGAACCAGUGAUGGAGGUCAGUGAGAACUUAGGAUGUUUCAUUGAGAAACACACUAGAAAUAAAGAAACGGUUCAUGUCAAAUCACGUGCAGUGGUUGAAUUCAUAAAAGACAGAAAAUCACAAGAGUGGCAGCAUUUUAUGAAGUCUGAUAAGAUGAAAGUGAGUUUUGAUUCAAAGAGACCCUGGAUCAAACUGUCUGGAGAGCGUACAUUUGUCCAGCCAGCUUUGACUUUCUUUAAAAGGUUGGCAGAUGAUCUCUACACAGAUACACUAAUCAUUAAAAAGGCAGGAGCAAAAAAGUACUUUAAGGAGCAGGGUAAAGUGAUGCUAUCAAUGCUGUUAAAGGAAAAAAGAUUUGUGGUUGUUCUUCAGGAAGAUGAUAUGCAGCAAGAGGAGAAGGAUGAAUUUACUGGAGGUAGUUUUGAAGACAUUGGCCAGGUCUCUUGUGAGGUUCAAAUGCCAGGUGGAGUAACUGUUACUGUCAGGAAGGCAGACAUUUGCAAGAUCAAUGUUGAUGCUGUGGUCAAUGCUGCUAAUGAAGAUCUGAACCACAUUGGUGGUGUAGCUUUAGCACUUCUCCAAGCUGCUGGACCAUGUCUGCAGCAAGACUGUGACCAAUACACAAAAGUAAAUGGGUCUCUGAAACCUGGAGAUGCCAUCAUCACUGAUGCUGGUCGUCUUCCCUGUAAAUAUGUGGUGCACACUGUUGGACCUCGCUUUAGUGAUUCAGACAGACAUACCACUGUGCAAUGCCUGAGACGUGCUGUGAGGGAAAGUCUGAACCAGGCGUCAAGCAAAAACUGCUCCUCCAUUGCAAUUCCAGUUAUUAGCUCAGGGAUAUUUGGUUGUCCUCUUGAUCUUUGCACUGAAUCAAUUGCCAAGGAGGUGUUGGGGUUCAUUGAAGAUCAUAAUCUCAGAGGCUCUAGUAGCACAUUAACUGAAAUUCACUUGGUUGACAAUAAUGGCAGCACUGUGAAUGCCAUGACUCAAGCUGUCAGUAAGGAGUUUGCUGCUUAUAACCCCAAAAUGACUUUCCCUCAUCAAGCCAAACCCCAUGGGCAUAGUAACUAUGGACAAGGCUAUCAUGGAAAUGGUCAUGGAAACUAUGGCCAAAGAAACCAAGAGUUUGAAGAAACCUCACACUAUGGUGGCAGAUCAGAUAGAUCUGAAGGGUUGAGUGUUCUUGAGACCAAAACUACACAAGAGGGACUAAAAAUCAUUCUGAGCAAAGGGAACAUCCAGGAUGCAAGUGCUGAUGUCAUUGUAAACACUAUAUCGGAGGACUUGGACCUCAGUAAAGGUGCCGUCUCCAAAGCACUCCUUCAGACUGCUGGUCAUCAGCUCCAGUCAGAAAUCACCAGGGCUGCCCGCUCAAACAAUGUAAAUUAUGGUGAAAUGCUCAUCACAGAUGGUUAUAAACUCAAAUGUCAAAAAGUCUUCCAUGUUGUUUGCCCAUUUUGGAAACAAGGCUCAGAAGAUAAGGUACUCAUUCAGAUAAUUAGAAACUGCCUGAAAAAAGCAGAAAAGUGGAGAAUGGCUUCAGUCGUCUUCCCAGCUAUCGGGACUGGGAAUCUUGGCUUUCCUAAAGAUCUGGUGGCCAGAAUCAUGCUGACAGAAAUCCAGGAAUUUAACUCUACAAACCUUCAAGAGGUAACUGUGAUUGUACACCCUUCUGACAGGGAGAGUGUAGAGUGCUUUACCAGCAUCUUUAGACAUGGGAUUCAGGGUCCCGUCACAAAAAGAGCACAUCGACAUGUCAUGCCUAAAAUAAAUAUUUCUGGCAAAUCAACUCAGACCUCUGAGCUUGGCAAAGUCUCCUCUACCUCUCUUGGGGUGCACACUAUGCAGCUGGGUCAGGUGACUCUGGAGGUUUCAUCAGGAGACAUAACUAAAGAAAAAACUGAUGCCAUUGUCAACUCCUCAAAUCAGACAUUUUCAUUGAAAGCAGGAGUAUCCAAGGCCAUUUUAGAUGCUGCUGGAGUACAAGUGGAACAAGAAUGUAAACAGAUUGUGAGAUCAUCAAACAUGCAGCAAACAGAGAUUGUGACUUCAGCUGGGCGUCUUCCAUGUGGAAACAUCAUCCAUAUAAUUGGACGUAAUAGUCCAUCUGAAAUUAAGGAUGUUGUUUUGUCUGUUCUGAAGUUAUGUGAGACACGUCAUAUUACUUCUGUUGCCUUCCCAGCUCUUGGCACUGGUCAGGGUGGAGCAAAUCCAGCUGAUGUUGCAGAUGCAAUGGUUGAUGCAGUUGUUGACUUUGUGAAGAAAAAGAAACCGGUGCAUGUACGGCUUGUGAAAUAUCUUAUAUUCCAGACAAACAUGGUGACAGACUUUCACCAAAGCAUGAUCAGAAGAUCUGGUGAGAAAGUAGAUGAGGAUGAAAGUCUGUUUUCCAAAAUUAAAGAUUCUGUUCAUCAUUUCAUUUGGGGGGAAAGUUCAGAAUCUCUCACAGAUGAUGAAUUUGUGAUGGUAAAUGAAGAAAUUGAGACAGUUGUGUUUCAGCUGUGUGGGGAGACACCAGAGGACCUGAGUGAAGCCAAGGACAUGAUCAACAGUUUGAUAUUAUGGGAGCAUGUGACCAUCAAAAUCCAUGAUCCAGCCAUUGUUCAUUUCACCAGGGAAGAUGGAGAAACACUGAACUCUGUGCAGAGGGAGCUCACAGUCAGUGUCCGGCUUGAGAAGAAAGGCCAAGACUCUGUCAUCACACUGGAGGGUCUGACAAGAGACGUUCAAAUUGCAGACAGUCAAAUUAGAGACAUGAUCCGGAAGGUGGAAAGGAAUGAAAACCGAAGGAGUGAGGCAUUUUUCAUUAGCAGUGUGGUUCAGUGGGAAUAUCAGGAAAAUGGAUGCAGCAUCAAAACCUUUGAUAUGUUGACCAAUUAUGACUUGGAACAGGCCUAUCGGAAGAGACAGCCUUCAGUGAGAAUCAAGAUUAACAAUGAUGAAUAUGAGGCUGAUUUAACUCACAAAGAGGCCACAAAAAGAGGAAUAAGUAUUGAACUGAAUAGAAAAGACCUGCAAGCUGCAGCUCAAAACCCUUUGCCUUCACACUGGGAGGACAUGAAAGGACAGUCAGUUGUUCUUGUAAAACUCACAGCAGGCUCAAAGGAAUAUGCAGAAGUGGAGAAAGAGUAGAGAACCAAACUAACCAAUAACAUCAUUGACAUUGAAAGAGUCCAAAACAGCACACUUUGGAAAAACUACAUGAUUAAAAAGGAGGAACUGGAAGAUAAAAACAAGCACAAAAACAAUGAAAAGCUUCUUUUCCACGGGCUGCCUGAUAAUACAGAUCAGAUCAACAAUCACGGCUUCAAUCGCAGCUUUGCUGGCAUGAAUGGAGCCAUGUAUGGGAAUGGUUCAUAUUUUGCUGUGGACCCAAGUUACUCAGCCCAAGGCUACUCUAAACCUGAUUCCAAUGGACAUAAACGCAUGUACCUUGUCAGGGUGCUUGUUGGUGAUUUCACUCAAGGAAAACAAGGCCUUCCUGUUCCUCCUCCAAAGAGCUCCAAUAGUGCUGAUCUCUAUAACAGUGUGACUGACAACAUGAACAACCCAACCAUGUUUGUGAUCUUCAAUGAUGUACAGGCUUACCCAGAAUACCUAAUCACUUUCCAGUAAUGAUUUAAGGAUCAGUUUCUGUCAGCUAGUGUUUUUUUGUUGCAGUUUUACAUUGA